AUGACAUCGCUACCUCCUCCGCCUCCGCCAGGUUGGGGAGCUGGAGCUCCACCAUCUAUGCCCCUAGCUCCUCCCCCUCCAGGAUACAGACCUCCCGCUGACCCCAGAGUUGCCAAGUUCGAACAAAAGAAAAAGGAAUGGCUUCGAACACAGCGCAAUCGGUUUGGAGAGAAGAGAAAGGCAGGAUUUGUCGAAAGCCAGAAGGCUGAUAUGCCGCCGGAGCAUUUACGAAAGAUUGUCAAAGAUAUUGGAGACGUGUCGCAGAAAAAAUUCAGUACCGAUAAAAGGAGUUACCUCGGCGCGUUGAAGUUCAUGCCCCAUGCCGUAUUAAAGCUUCUAGAAAAUAUGCCAAUGCCCUGGGAAUCUGCCAGAGAAGUCAAGGUUUUAUAUCAUGUAAAUGGCUGUUUGACCCUCGUUAACGAAACUCCCCGAGUGAUUGAGCCUGUCUUCCAUGCGCAAUGGGCAACCAUGUGGGUGUGCAUGCGGCGGGAGAAGAGUGACCGAAGACACUUCAAAAGAAUGCGAUUUCCACCUUUUGAUGAUGAGGAGCCCCCGCUGUCCUGGUCUGAAAAUAUUGAGGAUGUGGAACCUCUGGAACCGAUUCAGAUGGAACUCGACGAAAACGAGGAUGGCCCAGUAUAUGAAUGGCUCUACGAGCAUCGACCACUUCUUGAUACUUCUCAUGUCAAUGGGCCUAGCUAUAAGGAGUGGAAUCUAUCUCUUCCUCAAAUGGCGACUUUGUACCGCCUAAGUCGACAACUCUUGAGCGACGUUGUCGACAAAAACUACUACCACAUGUUCGACCUUAACAGUUUUUUGACAGCGAAAGCGCUUAACGUUGCCAUCCCCGGGGGUCCAAGAUUUGAACCCUUGUACAAGGACAUCGAUCCAAAUGACGAGGAUUUUGGAGAAUUCAACUCAAUCGACCGCAUUAUCUUCCGUGCGCCAAUAAGGACAGAGUAUAGAGUUGCAUUUCCUUACUUGUAUAAUUCGUUGCCAAGGAGCGUAAAAAUGUCAUGGUAUUCUUAUCCACAGGUUGUCUAUGUUAGGACUGACGACCCAAAUCUUCCUGCGUUUUACUUCGACCCAGUAAUUAACCCGAUCUCCUCCCGAUCCGUUGCUCCGAAAAACAUUACUGUGAGCCACGAGGAUGAGAUAUUUGGUAUUGGCAACAAUGAGGAUGAUUUUGAGCUUCCCGGUGAUGUCGAACCCUUUUUAGCGGACGAAGAAUUAUAUACAAGCGAAACUGCAUCUGCUAUAAGCUUGUGGUGGGCGCCAUACCCCUUUGAUCGUCGCUCGGGCAAAAUGGUGCGGGCGCAGGAUGUCCCGCUGGUAAAGCAAUGGUAUCUCGAGCAUUGCCCUCAAGGCCAGCCUGUCAAGGUCCGGGUUUCAUAUCAAAAGAUGCUUAAGACCUAUGUCCUUAACGAGCUACAUAAGAAAAAACCAAAGGCUCAAAACAAGCAGAACUUGUUGACAGCGCUCAAGGGUACAAAAUUUUUCCAACAAACAACAAUUGACUGGGUGGAAGCUGGUCUCCAAGUCUGUCGCCAGGGAUUUAAUAUGCUUAAUUUGUUAAUCCAUCGAAAAAACUUGACCUACUUGCAUCUGGAUUAUAAUUUUAAUUUGAAGCCCGUCAAAACUCUGACUACAAAAGAGCGAAAAAAGUCACGUUUUGGCAACGCUUUCCACCUCAUGCGAGAGAUCCUACGGCUCACCAAAUUAAUUGUUGAUGCACAAGUUCAAUACCGACUGGGUAACAUCGAUGCUUUUCAACUUGCUGAUGGCAUUUUGUAUGCUUUCAACCAUGUUGGCCAGCUUACCGGCAUGUACAGGUACAAGUAUAAACUCAUGCACCAAAUUAGAUCAUGCAAAGACUUGAAGCACUUGAUCUACUAUCGAUUUAAUUCCGGUCCAGUAGGGAAGGGUCCUGGUUGCGGGUUUUGGGCACCAGCAUGGAGGGUUUGGCUUUUUUUCCUUCGAGGAAUCAUUCCUCUCCUUGAGCGAUGGCUUGGAAACCUUCUGUCACGGCAGUUUGAAGGUCGACACAGCAAAGGUGUGGCGAAGACAGUGACAAAACAGCGGGUUGAGUCGCAUUUCGAUUUGGAGCUUCGCGCAUCUGUGAUGGCAGAUCUCAUGGACAUGAUGCCAGAAGGAAUCAAGCAAAAUAAGGUAAAUACAGUGCUUCAACAUCUCUCAGAGGCUUGGAGAUGUUGGAAGAGCAAUAUUCCGUGGAAAGUCCCAGGUCUUCCGGCUCCGAUUGAGAAUAUCAUUCUCCGAUAUGUUAAAAGCAAAGCCGAUUGGUGGAUAUCGGUUGCUCAUUAUAAUCGCGAACGGAUUCGACGAGGGGCAACUGUUGAUAAAACAGUAGCGAAGAAGAACCUUGGUCGUUUAACCCGCCUUUGGCUCAAGGCUGAACAGGAAAGACAACAUAAUUAUCUGAAAGAUGGCCCGUAUGUGUCUUCAGAGGAAGCUGUUGCCAUCUAUACCACCACUGUUCAUUGGCUUGAGUCACGAAAAUUCUCGCCAAUUCCCUUCCCUAGUGUAUCAUACAAGCACGACACUAAAAUCUUGAUACUGGCACUAGAAAGACUACGAGAAGCAUACUCCGUAAAGGGCCGUCUGAAUCAAAACCAAAGAGAAGAGCUUGCGCUCAUUGAACAAGCAUACGAUUCUCCCGGCACAACACUCGCGCGGAUCAAGAGAUUCCUCCUAACUCAGCGAGCGUUCAAGGAAGUUGGAAUUGACAUGAAUGACAAUUAUAGUCAUAUCAAUCCAGUAUACGAUAUUGAGCCUAUUGAGAAGAUCACCGAUGCAUAUUUGGACCAAUACUUAUGGUACCAAGCGGAUCAACGGCACCUUUUUCCAUCAUGGAUUAAGCCGUCGGACUCUGAAGUCCCGCCACUACUCGUUUAUAAAUGGGCACAGGGUAUUAAUAACCUCUCCAGUGUUUGGGAAACCGCCGACGGAGAAUGUAAUGUCAUGAUCGAAACAGAACUUUCGAAAGUAUACGAGAAAAUCGAUCUUACCCUAUUGAACCGUUUACUCCGUCUUAUUAUGGAUCAUAACUUGGCGGAUUAUAUAACGUCAAAGAACAAUGUCCAGCUCAACUACAAGGACAUGAACCAUACCAACAGCUAUGGCUUAAUUCGGGGCCUCCAGUUCUCGGGCUUCGUUUUCCAGUAUUACGGCUUGGUGAUCGAUCUCCUUUUGCUCGGACUACAGCGGGCAAGUGAACUAGCCGGGCCACCACAGAGUCCCAACGACUUCUUACAAUUCAGAGACCGUGCAACGGAAACAAGGCACCCGAUUCGUCUUUACACAAGAUACAUCGAUAAGAUCUGGGUAUUUUUCAGAUUUACUGCAGACGAGUCCCGCGAUCUUAUUCAAAGAUUCUUAACAGAACAACCUGACCCGAAUUUCGAAAACGUCAUCGGCUAUAAGAAUAAAAAGUGCUGGCCUAGAGACUCUAGAAUGAGGUUAAUGCGACACGACGUCAAUCUUGGCCGUGCCGUGUUUUGGGAUCUGAAGAAUCGUUUACCGAGAUCCAUAACGACAAUUGAGUGGGACGACACAUUCGCGAGUGUAUACAGCCGUGACAAUCCCAACCUCCUCUUUUCGAUGUGCGGAUUUGAAGUUCGCAUUCUACCAAAGUGGCGCAACCAAAAUGAAGAGUUCCCGGUAAAAGACAGCGUGUGGUCGCUUACCAACAAUUCCACCAAGGAACGAACUGCAUACGCUUUCCUUCAAGUAACUGAGGAGGACAUUCAAAAAUUCAAUAAUCGUAUUCGACAAAUUCUCAUGUCAUCAGGGUCAACCACGUUUACGAAGAUCGCGAAUAAGUGGAAUACGAGCUUGAUUGCAUUGUUCACUUAUUAUCGUGAAGCUGCAGUGUCCACUGUCAACCUUCUGGAUACAAUCGUGAAAUGUGAAACCAAGAUUCAGACCCGUGUAAAAAUUGGUCUUAAUUCGAAGAUGCCUUCACGCUUCCCUCCCGCUGUAUUCUACACACCCAAAGAGCUCGGUGGCCUAGGUAUGAUCUCUGGAUCGCAUAUCCUGAUUCCAACAAGCGACAAACGGUGGUCGAAACAAACAGAUACUGGUGUCACUCACUACAGAGCUGGCAUGUCACAUGACGAAGAGACCCUUAUCCCCAAUAUAUUCCGUUAUAUCAUUCCAUGGGAAGCGGAGUUUAUCGACUCACAGCGUGUCUGGAUGGAAUAUUCACAGAAACGACAAGAGGCAAAUCAACAGAAUCGAAGGCUGACCCUUGAGGACUUGGAAGAUAGUUGGGACCGUGGUCUGCCGCGUAUCAAUACUCUAUUCCAAAAGGAUCGGAGCACGUUAAGUUUUGAUAAAGGCUUCCGUGCACGUACCGAAUUUAAAUCUUUCCAGUUAAUGAAGAGCAAUCCGUUCUGGUGGACAAGCCAGAGACACGACGGAAAGUUAUGGAACCUGAAUGCCUAUCGCACAGAUGUCAUCCAAGCCCUUGGUGGUGUUGAAACAAUUCUAGAGCAUACCCUUUUCAAGGCCACCGCGUUCCCGUCUUGGGAGGGACUCUUCUGGGAGAGAGCUUCCGGUUUUGAAGAAUCAAUGAAGUUUAAGAAGCUGACGAACGCCCAGAGAUCCGGUCUGAAUCAGAUUCCCAACCGUCGCUUCACUCUCUGGUGGUCCCCAACUAUCAACCGUGCCAACGUGUACGUUGGGUUCCAGGUACAGCUGGAUCUUACCGGCAUCUUCUUGCACGGCAAAAUUCCCACUUUGAAAAUCUCGUUGAUCCAAAUUUUCCGUGCGCAUUUAUGGCAGAAAAUCCAUGAAUCCGUUGUGAUGGAUCUCUGUCAGGUCUUUGACCAGGAGCUUGAACAGCUGGGUAUUGAGACCGUGCAGAAAGAGACGAUCCAUCCCCGAAAAUCUUAUAAGAUGAAUAGCUCUUGUGCCGACAUACUCCUAUUCGCAACUCACAAAUGGAAUGUCACACGCCCUUCCCUUUUGUUUGACACCAAGGAUGUGAUCGAAGCCACGACUACCAACAAAUUCUGGUUGGAUGUGCAGUUGAGGUAUGGUGACUACGAUUCCCAUGACAUUGAAAGAUAUGUUCGCGCCAAGUACCUUGAUUAUACCACGGAUAGUAUGAGUAUCUACCCGUCCGCAACUGGGUUGAUGAUCGGAAUUGAUUUGGCGUACAACCUUUAUUCGGCAUAUGGGCAAUACUUCCCUGGUUUGAAGGCUCUCGUACAACAGGCAAUGGCCAAGAUUAUGAAAGCCAAUCCAGCUUUAUAUGUUCUCAGAGAACGUAUCCGAAAGGGUCUUCAGCUUUACGCGUCCGAAAGCAACCAAGAAUUCCUGAACUCGCAAAAUUAUUCGGAACUGUUUAGUAACCAGAUUCAGUUGUUUAUUGACGAUACCAACGUUUACCGUGUCACGAUUCACAAGACCUUUGAAGGCAACUUGACGACAAAACCUAUCAAUGGCGCCAUUUUCAUAUUCAACCCACGAACUGGUCAAUUGUUUUUGAAGAUCAUCCACACGAGUGUCUGGGCUGGUCAGAAACGUUUGGGCCAAUUGGCCAAGUGGAAAACUGCAGAAGAAGUUGCGGCCCUUAUCAGAUCUCUUCCCGUUGAAGAGCAGCCUAAGCAACUUAUUGUCACACGGAAGGGUCUUCUUGAUCCCCUUGAAGUUCAUCUUCUUGAUUUCCCUAAUAUUUCAAUCAGAGCAUCCGAAUUGCAGCUACCCUUUCAAGCAGCCAUGAAAAUUGAAAAGCUUGCAGACAUGAUUCUGAGAGCAACGGAGCCGCAAAUGGUCCUCUUCAACUUAUACGACGAAUGGCUGAAAACAAUUUCUUCGUACACUGCCUUCUCUCGAUUAAUCUUGAUUCUUCGAGCGCUUCAUGUCAACAUUGACAAGACCAAAAUUCUCUUACGUCCCGAUAAAAGUGUAAUCACUCAGGAGCAUCACAUUUGGCCGACACUCUCCGAUGAGGAAUGGAUCAAGGUUGAAGUCCAGCUACGCGACUUGAUCUUGAACGACUACGGAAAGAAGAACAAUGUCAACACGCAGAGUUUGACAAGCAGUGAAGUCCGGGAUAUCAUUCUUGGUAUGGAAAUCAGCGCACCGUCCUUACAACGCCAACAGGCUGCCGAGAUGGAGAAGCAGCAGCUGGACCAGAAACAGCUCACUGCAGUCACAACCAAAACACAAAACGUUCGUGGGGAGGAAAUCAUCGUCACGACGACUUCCCAGUACGAACAGCAGUCCUUCGCGUCGAAGACCGAAUGGCGGACGCGUGCUAUUGCAACGUCUAAUCUCCGCACGCGGGCCAACAAUAUCUACAUCUCGUCGGAAGACAUUCAGGAAGAGGGCCACUUCACCUACAUUAUGCCGAAGAAUAUUCUCAAGCGGUUUAUCAUGAUUGCCGACCUUCGCGUUCAAGUGGCGGCCUACCUAUAUGGCCGCUCUCCUCCUGACAAUGCACAGGUCAAGGAGAUCCACACAAUUGUGUUGAUACCCCAGGUGGGCAACACGCGAGACGUGCAGCUGCCGCAACUGUUGCCUCAGCAUGAGUAUCUCAGCGACCUUGAGCCGCUGGGAAUUCUGCACACGAUGUCGGGCAACGAGCCGCCGUACAUGUCGGCGAUGGACGUCACGCAGCACUCGCGGCUGAUGAAUGCGCACCCGUCGUGGGACAAGAAAACGGUGACGAUGACGGUAUCCUUCACGCCUGGAUCGGUAUCCCUGUCAGCCUGGGGCCUGACUCCCCAGGGCUACAAGUGGGGUGCAGAGAACAAGGAUACGAGCUCGGAUCAGCCCCAGGGAUUCUCGACGAGCUUUGGCGAGCGGUGCCAGCUUCUGCUGAGCGAUCGUAUUCGCGGAUAUUUCUUGGUUCCAGAACACAACGUGUGGAACUUCAGCUUCAUGGGCAGCUCCUUCAGCAGCGUGGAGAAGCGGCCUGUCUAUGUCAAGGUCGACGUGCCGCUGCGGUUCUAUGACGAUCAGCAUCGGCCGCUGCACUUCCAGAACUUCGCCGAGCUGGAGGAUAUCUGGGUUGACCGCACUGAUAAUUUUGCAUAG